CUUUAGCCUUCCAGAUGUUUUGGACUUCAGCUCCUAGAAUUCCUCACUAUUGACCAAGCUAGCAGGGGCUUCUGGGUGCUAAAGUACAAAACCUCUGGAGGAUCAAAGUUUGGGAACCAUUGGUGUAUAGGCAGGGCUUGGUGAACAAGUCAAAAUCAUCUCAGUUUAUUUUCAUGGUUACACGACUGCUCUUACAGUGUUCUUUGUGCACUUUGUGGCUUUUUCCUUUUUGAAGAUCAAGCCUUUCAAAGGGUGCCUACAUCUAACUUUUCGUAAUCAGCCCUUUGAGCAAAUCUGUUUGCUUGCCUGCCCUGCCCUGUCCUGCCCUUGGCCACAAGGAGAUUGGAAAUGGCUGGGCUCUGUGAUAUCACGACUCCACACAACGUGGCAGGGGUUCGGCUGCUGAAAGUGACUUUGAACCUGAGACAGGUGCUCAAGCCUGGACAAUACUUGCCAAUUCUUCUGUGAUGUUAUGCCACACUCCAUCAUAGUGUGAUUCACACAAUGCCUGGGAGGCCUUGCAGAAUUACUCAGCCCUCUCCCCUCUUUCCAGUUGGAAGAGUCACCCUCCUUGUUACAUCAAAUAUGACUGUGUGCAUCUCAGAAGCCCAAAGGAACAACAAGAUGUCAGACUAACGCUCCCAGUCCUUGUCAGGGCCAGUCCAGAAAACCAUGCAGUCAUCAGGGCACAGGUUCCGCGACGUCGAGCAUCACCCGCUACUUGCCGAAAAUGACAGCUACGAUUCAUCGUCCUCAGAGUCUGACAUGGCCGACAGGGUCUGGUUCAUCCGCGACGGCUGCGGGAUGGUCUGCGCGGUGAUUACCUGGCUCCUUGUUGUCUACGCGGAUUUUGUCGUGACAUUUGUCAUGCUGCUGCCUUCCAAAGACUUUUGGUACUCUCUCAUCAAUGGGGUUCUCUUCAACUGCUUGGCGGUCCUUGCUUUGUCCUCUCACCUGAGAACGAUGCUGACUGAUCCUGGGGCUGUUCCCAAAGGAAACGCCACAAAAGAGUACAUGGAGAGUUUGCAGCUGAAACCAGGCGAGGUGAUCUACAAGUGUCCCAAGUGCUGCAGCAUUAAGCCAGAGCGUGCCCAUCAUUGCAGUAUCUGCAAACGAUGUAUUCGGAAAAUGGACCAUCACUGCCCAUGGGUUAACAACUGUGUGGGAGAAAGGAACCAGAGGUUUUUUGUGCUUUUUACUAUGUACAUAGCUCUAAUUUCAGCCCAUGCUCUCAUCUUGUGCGGGUUUCAGUUCUUUUCCUGUGUCCGAGGACAGUGGAUCGAAUGCAGUGACUUUUCCCCACCUGUGACUGUGAUCCUGCUGAUCUUCUUGUGCCUUGAGGGUUUUCUGUUUCUUACAUUCACUGCGGUAAUGUUUGGCACCCAAAUCCACUCCAUAUGCAACGAUGAAACGGAGAUUGAAAGACUGAAAAGUGAGAAACCCACAUGGGAGCGGAGACUACGCUGGGAAGGAAUGAAAUCUGUCUUCGGGGGCCAGCCUUCUCUGCUGUGGAUAAAUCCAUUUGCUGGAUUUCGAAUCAGACAGUUUAUGCUGAGAGCCAAGAAAGGAGGUCCUGAGUUUUCUGUCUGAGCCUGCCGAAUCAUGUUGGAACUCAUUUAAAAGAGAGAGAAAAAGUGGUAUAUUGUAUUUAUUGAGCUCAAGGGGGAGGGAAACCUGCCCCUGUGUAACCUGUGGCCAGUGAAGAUUGACACAUAUGGAACCUUUUGCUUGUAGCAAGCAGAAUUUUAUACAUUUAUAAUCACAGGCAUCUCAUCAACUCUUGGAAGCGUGGACUGGAUACUGCCACAUACGGCUUUUUGCGCAGGACAACAGAAACAACCAAGGAAAGUGGACAGUCACACUAAAGAAGCCAAAAUAUUGUCUAUACUACUGUAACUUAUUAUUUUAGAGGACUAAUUAUGCAUUUAUUUUUUUUCAAACCCCUUUUGUUUUAUACGUGUGUACUUUUUAUUUUUGUAAGGAUUUAUCUCUGCUGGUUUUUUUUUCUUUCAAAUGGGACUUUGUGCUGUUGCACAGUUUGUCAAUCAUGAUACAUAGGUAUAAAUGCUGGAAAUUGCUAGCCAAAAUCAAUCCCCUUUUAAUGCAUCCCGCUAUCAUGUCAUUUUUUCCAGUUUGUCCCAAGAGCCCCCCUGAGCUAUAUCUCUGCAUCUGUCGUCCAGAACGAAAAGAGCAACAAAGUAAUCGGUACCCAUCAUUUCCAUAGCCUCACAAGAUGUCUUUAUUUUUACAAAUGAAUUUAAAAUGUUGACUGUGCUGCGCAAUCGUAUUGCAGUGCUAUCGUUUGCCCAUUGAGAUUUAUGCCAGUUUUGCUGUUCAUAAUCAUUGAAGGAAGAGUUGGGAACCUAAGGCCCUGGUGCUGAAUCCCGUCAUCCUGACAUCCAAACUUGGCUCUCUGGCUUUCCUCUGAUUGUUGUAUCCCCUUUUCUGUGGCAUCAUUGUCUGGUAGGGUUUUGUCUGUUUUUCCCCUCCAUUGUAAAAGGAUGAAAUGCCUCUCCUAAGGCUUAAGUAAUUUUUAAAGCAAGAGCUUUAAACUAAAACAGACUGGUAUUAUGGACACCACCACCCCUUUAUUUUUCAGCCAUUGGAAAGUGGUUUCCCCCAAAUUUCCAAAAUUGAAUUUGGGUCCAAAGGGUUUCCCCCACUUUGAUCUAAGCCUUAGAUUGUAAAGAAACUCAUCUCUUGCCAUUCUGGCAUCUCUGAGGAAGACCUUUGGGCUUUCCUGUGGAAAAAAAAUGGAGGGGAGGGGGACAGGCAAAUUAUCCCUGUGGAACAAAUGGAUUACAGAUGGGAACCUUCUUAAUCCAGCAAACAAUGUGCAAGGAAUUGCCUGUGCUCCAAGAUGAACUCUGUGGAAAGUAUGUUUAAAAUGCUUUAGUCAUGAUGUGUGACCUGCUUUUUUUAAAAAACAUGAUUCAUUAAAACAAAACAAAAAACCCAGAUUGAGAUGGUAAAAACAGUGUUUAAAGGUUAUCCCUGCUGAUGCUGGAGGUUCUUAUGGCUCAUGGAUGCAUCAUUGUGCAUGCAGAGGACAUGUGCUCACAGGACAUUGUGUUCCUCUUAUCAGCAGAGGUACCUUGGUUAUUGCAAAAAGCUUUCUCUCAUGUCCUUUGGGUCAACAUUUGAUGGCACAGCUCUUGUAGCUCUGGAGCACCUCUCUGGAUGAAGUUUGGGUGUGCUUCAAAUUGUUUCAUGUGGUCUCCCACCUGGCAGAUCAUUGAUACAUUGGUUUACCAUUAGGCAGAGGAAGACAUUUCUUCAGAAAUGAGAAAGCACUGUUGAUGCUCACAUUAUAGAGAUGUGUGUAAGAAGUAUUUUUCAAGCCUGUGAUGACAGCUGCAGAUAGAAGGCUGGUACGGUGCCCCUAUGCCAACCGAAUCUGCUUCCAAGCCAGAGAAAUGAAUAAUGUAAAAACAGCUUUUCCAGUCCCUUGUAGAGAGAAGUCGCUGCAUGGUUUAAAUGUGCUGUUAAAUCUGCAAGUAAUGAACUGUCACCUAAAUACAGUGGUCUGUAUGUUUAAUAACAAAAUAAUCCUGAACUCCUCUUUUCCCCAACCCCAAUUCUUUUAAUACAAAGGAAGGGUUUUAACUGGGGACUUGGUGCAAACCUUGAGCAUGUGUGUACCCAGCAGGCUUGUUGAAAACAACAACCCAGUAUUGAAACUUGCCUUAACGUAUCGGGGCUUCUGUUUUGCUGUUGGCACCGUAGUAUUUCCAUGCCAAUUCUAUGGGUUGCAGCCUCAAAGAAAUUCGUAGGUUUUUUCCCUUUUCUAUAUGUCUCUGGCAGAUUGCAUUCUGUGCUCAGUUGGUUUGCCAAGUCCAUUCUGGUCCUUCCCUUUGAUAAAGAAGACACAUCACUCUUUGACUUAGCGAGUGGCUUGUCUCUUAUGCAAUGAUAAAAAUAGCCAACCUUCCACCAUGCGUCCUUGGGGUGAAAUCACACCGCAUUAAGGGAAAUGCAUGUCAUUUGCCUUGAUAACGUUUUGCCUCCAGCUAUACGCGUUCCCCCCCCCCAAAGCUAAAUAAAUCAGGCUUGCAAAAGAAGUCCAUGUUUACCUCCUGAUGACCAUUGACAAGAACAGAAACAAGCUAAUGUGCAUCAUGCUUAGGUAGGAUAAUCAGGUGUCUUUUACCUCUUAAAGGGGCGCCACUUCUAAUGUUGUGCUCACUGCAACAUGUAAUGUGGACAUUAGAGUUUAGAGUCUGUUUGUCUGCCAUUAGACUUCAAUGAGAACUUUAAUUCUCUGUGGCUCACGGCAACUCUGCGCAGGCCCAAGUAUUUAGAACAGGUGCACCAAGGCAUCCUGCAAAAUCCAAAAUUCAAAAUUGCCUUGGCUGGAUCUCUAGCCCAUUCUCAACUUUAAAAACCCGCAGUUCUUUCUUAUGUGUGUAUAUUCAUGGUUCUUUUAGGUCAGUGUACAUAUCACUGGAGGAACUGCCGACAAGACAAAUAGACGUUGUACUCAAAUUAUCAAAAACAAAAGCUGAAAAUGCAGCAAAGCUCCAGGGACAUCCCUUACCAUUUCACUGAGUUUAGGAAUUGAUUAUAUCUGCUGCCAUUCUCACCAGACUUUUCUUAAUCGAUGUCGUUCAAUGACCAAUGCUGCUGGAACUCAGAAAAAUCCCUCUUAAUGCAGCUGAACAUAUGUGUGAUUUAGAAAGUAUGUGCGUGUGUGUGUGUGUGUGUGUGGCGUGUAUGAAAAUGGCGUUUCUUGCUUUCCAAAUCCUUGUUCUGUUGUAAUUUUUUUAAAAUGUAAAAUAAAGUAACUAAUUGAA